AUGGCUAAUAUUAAAUUACUUGUCAGAGUGAGGUUCAAUGUUUUUAAACAAUGUUAGAACCAAUUGAUAAGUUAUGAUGGCAUUAAAUAGUUAUUAGACUUCAAAAUUUUCAAGGGUAAUUCAAAAAGAUCCUUUGUUGAGUGUUAGCAGCAUGUUACAAAAUAAAAUAGUGAUAGCUGUACUAUAGAUGAUUAACAAGACAAUUAAUCAAACAGAUAGUAAUAUGGCAGAAAACAUCCAAAUUUUUAACAAAUUAAUGCUCAAAAAUAUGACACAAUCAGGGAUGUUUCAGGAAAAACUGUAAUUGCCAAUAUCAGUACAUCACUUUUAUGGAGGAUCACUAGUUGA